CUUGUUGUUUUUAGCCGGCAUCGGAACUCCCCGCAGAGGCAGCUUUUCCUGCAGGGUAUUUUGCUAGUUAAUAUUUUAAUAGAAAAUCUACUUUUUAUUAUUAGUCUCGCGUACAGUGAAACAAAAGCAGUUAGCAAUCUCAGUCGAAAAAGUAAAACAACGUGCAGUCGUUCGUGUGGAUGGCACAAUAAAGCGGACAGUUGACAACAAAUUCUUUUCUUCCUGUGGAUUGUGGUCGACGCCUUCUACUCGCUGCGGUGCAGCUCCUUCAGUGGUGGCAAGCGUCAUCAUGCGGUACCGCCCCACGGUGUCGGUCGUUGCCCUUGCGCUGGUCGCUGCCAGCGCGCUAAUUGCCCCGGCCGCCGCCUGGACCGCACGGGGCUGCGUCGAUCUCGACUCGUCCACGUUCGAUCUCGUGACGCGCAAGUUCCGGUACAGUCUGGUGAAGUUCGAUACCGCCUUCCCGUACGGCGACAAGCACGAAGCGUUUACCGGGCUCGCGCUCGAAACGGUCGGCACGACGGACGAGCUGCUGUUUGCGCUGGUCGGCAUCAAGGACUACGGCGAGCAGGACAAUGCCGACCUGGGCCGGCGGUUCGCCAUCCCGAAGGAGUACCCGGUGAUCAAGCUGUUCCACGGGGACGGUACGCCGCCGAUCGAUUUCGCCCCGGCCGACGGCGAGGUGACGGGCGACAGCUUGCGCAAAUUUCUCAAGCGCCACACGGCGCUGUACAUCGGGCUGCCUGGGUGUACCGAGCGGCUGGACCGGCUGGCCGAGUCGUUCGUGGGCACGGUGGAGCCGGCGGAAUGGCGCGCUCUGAUCGAGCAGGUCGAGCGGGCCGAACGGGCAGAGCGGGACGCGGCCAGCCGGGCGCCCUACCCUAUGUAUCUGUCGCUGAUGCGCAAGAUCGUGAAAGAGGCGGAUGGGGGGCGGCGAUCAGCCGGCGAGGUGGUGGCCGAGGAGAUGAAGCGCGUCGAGAAGCUGCUGGCCGGGAAGCUGAGCGACGCGAAGCGGGCGGAGCUGAAGCUGCGCCUGAACGUGAUGCUGUCGUUCGGUGGGGCGUCGAGCGGCACGCGCAAACCCGAACGGGCGGAGCUGUAGAACGAAUAAAGGCUGCACGUGCGCCCGUGCGCAUCUGCGUUCGAGAAA